AUGCGUUCUACCGAGGAGGCUCACCACGACGCCGUCGGCUUUCUAUGUAGCGUUUUGCUAAGCGAUAAUGUCUUCAGCUUCGACCCUGAACAUUCAAGCUCCCAUUGGAUGAUGAUUAAGAUUGGACUUCACUGUCAAAGCCGGAUCCCUAGUUCCCAUAGGGCUUUCCGCCUAUCUCUCCCGAAGACCAAGUUCGCGGAAGGAGCCAAAGCUAGCCCAGGUACCUAA